GUCAGUGAUCGUGGGUCUGAUUCAGGUCGUCUUCACGGGAGUGGCGGCGCUGAUCAUGGACCGGGCCGGAAGAAAAGUCCUGCUCAUCAUGUCGGGCGUUGCCAUGACGAUCAGCACCACAGCGUUCGGGGUUUAUUUCUACCUGAUGUCCCAACGUCACAGCUCCACCUCGCUGAGCCUCCUGGAGCUGGGCGUCCCGAGCCAGGUGGGUGAAGAGCCCCAAGCCGACCUGGCCUGGUUGGCCCUCGCCAGCAUGGCCGUCUUCAUCACAGGUUUUGCUCUGGGUUGGGGUCCCAUCCCGUGGUUGGUCAUGUCGGAGAUUUUCCCACUGAAGGUUCGAGGGGUCGCCAGCGCCGUCUGCGUGCUCACUAACUGGGGCAUGGCCUUCGUUGUUACCAAAAGCUUCCAGGAUAUGAUGACUCUUCUAACCAGCGCUGGAACCUUCUGGCUCUUCGCCUCCGUCUGCGCCGUCAACGUCAUCUUCACCAUCGCCUUCAUCCCAGAAACUAAAGGAAAGACUCUGGAGCAGAUCGAAGCCACUUUCAGAGGGACAUCAGGUCCAUGAACC